AUGGCAGCUCUAGUCAGUUUUAGAAAUAUAUCAAUUAGGAGAAUAAUUCCGAGGAAUGAAAAAUUUUUCUGUAGAUUGAUUUCAACAUCUAAGGAAAAAAAAGAAUCAAACGAUGCAUGUCCUCCGCCAAAUAACGGACACCUAAAGAUUCCGGACUUCUCAAAACCUUCGGAAAGUAAAAAUUGGAUAUCUUAUGGGUACAAUUAUCACGACAAAGAAGAUGAUAGAUUUAGAAUGCACGUUAGUUGUUUCUGCAUUGUUACUAUUGGGUUCGUUUGUACAGGUUUUCUGUACUUGUACUCUCCAUCAACGCAAAAUAGAAGUUGGUUUCAACGAGAAGCUUUUAUUAGGUUACAUGAAAGAGAGCAACUAGGAUUAGAUCCAAUCGACCCUAAUUACGUCGAUCCGUCAAAAAUUAAUUUGCCUCCAGAUGAUGAAAUAGGAGAAGAUGACAUAAUUGUUAUAUUUUAUUAUUAA